GUCCAAUCCGUCAUGACAGUGCUAUACCCACUCGCUAUCCUAUGUAUACUCGUCAUUCCCUUAUUCAUAGCGCUGGUCGCUUACUUGCAGCCUAGGUGGAUUAUAUCGUAUGCUUCUCGCUGUUUUCCGCAGGUGUUAUUCUGCUGCGACGAUGGAGUUCGUCAAACAAUAAAUAGUCGCCACGCCGACAAGGUCAUUGCCCUGACUAUUGAUGAUUCCCCGUCUCCGGUGGGUUACUCGAAAGCUUCCGAACAACACCACAGGUGGGAAUGGAUAUUGUAAUGUACAAUAAAAUCGUUUUUUGCAGCUUACAGCGGCAAUUUUGACUCUCCUGCGCCAGCACGAUGCUAAGGCGACAUUCUUUGUUAUUGGUUCAUAUGUGGAAAAGUUCAAUACUCUCACUGGAGAGGGGAGCACAUCUGAACUAGAGUCUGGAUCGUUUAACGAUCUGAUGACUGCAAUAGUGUCCCAUGGUUGUGAACUGGGAAAUCACCUCAUGUUUGAUCACGCCAGUGUCAAGCUACCUCCAGCCAUCUUUGAAAAACAACUACUUCAAGUUGAUACCCUGCUGCGAAAAUACGACAAUCUCGCAUUAUCGCCUCCCAGGCGACGAAAGAGUGUUGCGAUAGUCGACAGUACAGUGCCUUCCGGAGAUCUUCCGUCUAUACCAUCUCCCACUGCAGAUGCGUCGAGAAGUGAGCCGGUUCAGUUAGAAGCACCGGUCAAAUAUCGAUGGUUCAGGCCGGGAUCGGGGUGGUUCAACUCAGCGAUGCUAGCUACCGUAGAGAAGCACGGGUAUCGGACGGCCUUGGGUUGUGUAUAUCCACAUGAUCCACAUAUUUCCAAUGCCCGUUUAAAUGCAUGGCAUGUGCUCCGUGGGGUGCAUCCUGGUGCUAUCAUCGUACUUCACGAUUGCCGGUCAUGGACCAUUGAUACAUUGAAGAUACUCCUACCCGAAUUACGCAAGAGAGGAUAUGCUGUACGAACCCUCACAGAGGUGUACAGAUCGAGACAAGUCAACGAUGGCUGUAUAUAGUUGGUCAGGUAAAUGGAAAUGAAACCGAAAAGGAUGUUAUCAUCUAUCGGUUGGUGCAGUCUUGUGACUGGAUCCUAGUUUUGGCCGUGCCACUUGGGUAUGGAGGAUUGGGACCCGAGGCUGACAGUAGGACAGUGUAGAGGCGCGCACAGCAGAUAGAUCAACAAGGAAUCUGAGGGAAUUCAAGUCACCUGUUCAUGAGCCUGGUGUCGGUUUACAACCAUGAAACCUGCUUUGGAUGUAUCUAUUACGUCCGUAUCUGUCAUGAUUCGGUGAACGCGGAAGACUCGUGGUGCUUGUGGGGCUGUGGG